AUGAUUAAGAAAAUGUCUCCGUCCGAGCAUGACUUCGACAUCCCAGCUAAGAACUGCCACCGCAUGGUCGUGCUCGGAUCCACAAAAGUGGGCAAGACGGCGAUCAUCUCUCGCUUUCUGAACGAGCGCUUUGAUGAUCAGUACACGCCGACCAUCGAGGACUUCCACCGCAAGUUUUACAGCAUACGCGGAGACGUCUAUCAGCUGGACAUCCUGGACACGUCCGGAAACCACCCAUUUCCUGCCAUGAGGAGACUCUCCAUCCUGACAGGUGAUGUUUUCGUCCUGGUGUUCAGCUUGGACAAUCGAGCCUCUUUCCAGGAGGUGCAGCAACUCAAGAGGCAAAUCUUCGAGACCAAGUCAUGUCUAAAGACCAAGACGAAGGAGAGCGCCGAUGUGCCGCUGGUCAUCUGUGGCAACAAGUGUGAUCGUGAGUUCACUCGCGAGGUUUCAGAUGACGAGAUCUCUCGACUGGUGGCGGGGGACGAGCGCUGUGCCUAUUUCGAGGUAUCGGCCAAGCGCAACACUAAUGUGGAUGUCAUGUUUCACGCUCUCUUCUCCAUGGCCAAACUGCCUGACGAGAUGAGCCCAGAUCGGCACCGCAAGGUCUCACUGCAAUGUGGUGAUGUAUUGCACAGAAAAUCCCUGCGCAAUCGUAAGUUCAAGGACGGAGGUGAUGCGUAUGGCAUCGUGGCUCCCUUCGCAAGGCGGCCAAGUGUGCACAGCGAUCUCAUGUACAUUAAGGAGAAAGCCUUACAUCAAGGCACCAAGGAUCGCUGUGUCAUUUGCUAAACAGACUAAUUGGACUCUGAAUUUGAACACUCCAGAGCAGCAUGACAGUACAGGUCGGUUCUGUCGUCUCGCUUCAUAAAACGGCAACACUAGCACGUGCCACUUUUGGUUCCAUGCCGCGAUUCGUGAGACCCGAAUUUUAGGGUUUGAUCACAUGGUGGUGGUGCAAGCAAACAAGUUGGAGAUUCUUCAACAAACCUGCUGUAAGCAUUUUGCCGAUAAGACUUUCCCGACCAACAAGCUCGCUGUGACACAUGAGCACUUUGUUUACGGUUUGCUAUAAUAUUUUAUUUAAAAAAAGAAAAAAAUGCAAUGAACUCGAAUGUCUGUGGCAUUGUGAACAAAAUACAUGAAUGUUUAUUUAUUCUUCUAUGUAAGCGUUUACUUUUGCUACAAAAAAUAAAAGAUGAAUCAAA